GUAAAAUGGUGGGUCAAACGUCCAUUUUACGGCCGUAUUGUUGGGUCUUUAGUCGAUUGUCGGGUCCCAAAGUCGAUUAUCGGGCACUUGGACCCGACAGUUGAAGACCCACUUAAAAAAAGGCUGCUUAACAUACUCAUGACUAUUUUUAAAUUCAAAUUUGCAUGUGUAAUUUUACUCGAAUUGUCGGGCCUAUAUCUCCCAUUAGCACACAUUAGGUCAAACUCCACACAGCAGUUACUUCCCUUGGGCAUUCGCCAAUCAUUAAUGUCUUUUUCUAGAAUAAGGGAGGCCACUGCGUAUGAGAUUGACCAACCUCGGCGCAGUGAUUUACCGGGAACCAGCAUAGCAACGAACGACAACUCGGCGCCCGACAACUCUGUAAUAAAAAUUGCCAAUUUUCGCGGUUAAACUUAAAAAGGAAAAGAAAGCCAAUGAGUCCAUGUCAACUGCUGACAGUGAAGAGCCAGGCAGUCUGACCCAUGAUAGGAGGGAGCCAAGUGAAGAGCCAGCCAGUCUGACCCAUGAUAGGAGGGAGCCAAGUGAAGAGCCAGCCAGUCUGACCCAUGAGUCCAUGUCAACUGCUGACAGUGAAGAGCCAGGCAGUCUGACCCAUGAUAGGAGGGAGCCAAGUGAAGAGCCAGCCAGUCUGAGCCAUGAUAGGAGGAAGCCAAGUGAAGAGCCAGCCAGUCUGACCCAUGAGUCCAUGUCCACUGCUGACAGUGAAGAGCCAGGCAGUCUGACCCAUGAUAGGAGGGAGCCAAGUGAAGAGCCAGCCAGUCUGACCCAUGAUAGAAGGGAGCCAAGUGAAGAGCCAGCCAGUCUGACCCAUGAGUCCAUGUCAACUGCUGACAGUGAAGAGCCAGGCAGUCUGACCCAUGAUAGGAGGGAGCCAAGUGAAGAGCCAGCCAGUCUGACCCAUGAUAGGAGGGAGCCAAGUGAAGAGCCAGCCAGUCUGACCCAUGAGUCCAUGUCAACUGCUGACAGUGAAGAGCCAGGCAGUCUGACCCAUGAUAGGAGGGAGCCAAGUGAAGAGCCAGCCAGUCUGAGCCAUGAUAGGAGGAAGCCAAGUGAAGAGACAGCCAGUCUGACCCAUGAGUCCAUGUCAACUGCUGACAGUGAAGAGCCAGGCAGUCUGACCCAUGAUAGGAGGGAGCCAAGUGAAGAGCCAGCCAGUCUGACCCAUGAUAGAAGGGAGCCAAGUGAAGAGCCAGCCAGUCUGACCCAUGAGUCCAUGUCAACUGCUGACAGUGAAGAGCCAGGCAGUCUGACCCAUGAUAGGAGGGAGCCAAGUGAAGAGCCAGCCAGUCUGAGCCAUGAUAGGAGGAGCCAAGUGAAGAGCCAGCCAGUCUGA